AUGUCCGACACCGUGGCGGACGACAAGAGGGUCUUCAGCCUCAUGAGCGCUGUUGGAACUAAUAUGGACGGCCUGCGGCAAAGCAUCGACGCUCUGCGGCAAAUCCACGACCGCUGGAAGGAUGGCAACGGCGCGUCGAUCAACCUGAUCGCGCAAUUGACGGCGCUGAAAUCGAAUCUGGGCGAGAUGCAGGACUGGAUGAACUACGCCCUUAACGAUAUGCACCCGCAGCUACUCACCGAUUUGGAUCUGCUUAUGACCUCGUGCUCCCUGCUGGUCCGGAACCUAGACGCUUUAGUCGCUCAGCUACAGCAGCCGGAUCACGACCAAACAGACUGGGCCGUCAAGUUGAAGUUCAAAGUCGGAAGCCGGAGCAUGAACCGGUUACGCAGCGUUGCGAAGCGGCAAACAGAUGCUGUGAAUCUGCUCCUCGCCGCGUGCAAAUGUCACACAACAGCACAGAGAAAGAUUCUAUUACACAAGAGCCGGCAGAUUAGGAAAGAAGACGCUUCAUCCCACAAUACCCUAGUACGGACGUCAAAAGUAAACGGCGGUUGCAUCAACGCUCUCACCCAGCUAUCGCGGAUGAUACAAUGUUUCAGGUUCCUAUUCUACGCCAAGCUCCUUCGUCGAGGACCAGAAGAGCUCCCUACAGAGCAGGACUAUCUCGACGCCGCAGCAGCCAUGCGUUCGGAAGCCAUCGACCGCCGGCUCGAAGAAGACGCCACGUCCCUCCGCCGCGAAACAAAGCUCGUACUCAUGGGUCAAAUCAACAGCGGCAAAGAGCUCAUCAUGCGGCAAAUGAAAGUCCUCUAUGCCGACGGCUACCCGCGCGAAGAGCGCCUCUCUUACCGCUAUGCUGUUCGCUCCACUAUCCGCCUCCUCAUCCACUCCAUCAUCGACCUCCUCAAGGACACUGGCAUCAACCUAUCCUCUGACCUCAACCAAGACUUCGCCGUCCUCCUCUACGAAGUCGAAACCAUCGACAUAAACCGCGUCACCCCCGCCGCCGUCCACGCAAUCGAGAAUCUCUGGCGCAGCCCCGAGUUCUCCACCCUCUACAUCCGGAACUUCGAAAUCGACUUCCCGCAAUAUGCGCCAUACUACGCGCACGAGGUCGCACGUAUCGCGGCCGAGGGCUAUGUGCCCACGGAGGCCGACAUCAUCCGCCUCAAUCAAUCCCUAGGCGGGAUUAAGGAGCUCCGCUUCGACUGGGACGAGCUUUCCGUCCACCUCUUCAACAUAAGCGGCUACAUCCCCGACCAAUUUCGCAAACGCUGGUUCCAUCAGCUCGAAGGCGCAACCGCCCUCCUCUACACGGUCGACGUCUCCACGUAUGACCGACCUUACCUCGGGCAGCCGACUGAAUCCCAGCUGCUAGACGACUUCGCUACCUUCGAGUCAUGGGCCAACUCGCCAAAAUUCUCAAGUUCCUCAAUCGUCCUUCUGCUCAACAACUUCACCCGCUUCCGCGAGAAACUGCAGCAUUCCCCGCUUACGACGUUCUUCCCGGACUACGCGCCCGGGCCGGGCGAUGACCCCGAGACUGCGGCGAGGCAGUAUAUCUUGCGGCGGUUUAAGGAGGUGAAUCGGAAUCGGCUGAGUAUCUACAGCUUCUGGGUCGAUCUCGAUAUGAGCGAUAAUCAGUAUCUCUACGCUGCACUCAAGAAGACGCUGCAACAUAUCCAGCAGAGGAAAGCAAGAAGCGAGGUCUGGACCGCGAAUAGCGCGGGCAUGAAUAGCAGGACCGAAACCGCCGGACGCAGCAUCGUAGACCGGAGUGGGACCGUGACCACGGCGAGGAGUAAGGGGACGGUAACGCCCACGCUGGGAAGUCCGGUGUAUAGCGGGACGGUAACCACCUUGACUGCGUCGCCACGGUGA